UUGGGAAGUUUGAAUACCUCUGAAUCGUAGAACGAAUUGUAAAAAAUCAUUAACGUCAUCUGAUUAAUAAUUUUUCGACCGCAAACUCGGAGAAAUUGUGCAGAAAGUUCUUAUUUAUAAUCUCUGGGAUUAAUUGAAUAUUAUCUACCUUGAGUCGUGGAAAAUUCAGUCAGGAAAAUCCGCUGGAGGGUAGUCUUUCAAGAGGAAGACAGUAAACAGUAUAAAGAUGGCGAGCACGGGCUGCUCUGCUUUCUCAUCGAAUCAGCAAUACUGGGCUAUUUGUGGUAAUGAUGGAAAAUUGAAGAUAUGGGAGACAGCAACCAGUAGAUUGAAACAAGAAUUUGUACCUAAUUUGCAUUUGUCGUCGCCAUGCAGUGUAAUUGGAUGGAUUACAAUUGGACAACAGCCUACAAGUGUUGCGCCGUCACCAUGGAGAAAACGAAAGAGGAAAUCAAUAUCAGAAGAUGCAGAGGAGAAGGAAGUGAUUGCAAUGGGUUCGAUAAAUGGAAGUGUCACAUUGUACGACGUAUCAUCAGCAUCAGUGAUUAAAAUAUUGGAAAAUGGUCACUCAGGGUGUGUCACAGCUCUCACAUGGUCACCGUCUCACGGGCUAUUCACAGCUGCUGAUGAUCAUCAAAUUGUGGAGUGGAACACUCAAGAGAAUGGAAUAAAAUGUAAAUGGAAAACGGGGAGGGGAAGAAUCACAGCUCUAGCACUAUCUCUAGAUGAGAGGACCAUCAUCUCUGCGGACAAGAUGAUCAAACUGUGGGAUUUGGAGAGCAAGCAGGUUGUUGGCACCUUGACAGGUCAUGCCAAUCAAAUAUCAUUUUUAAAAACAAUUAAAAUUGAUGAACACACGAGUUACUUGAUCAGCGGAGCGAAGGGAGAUUCUUAUCUUGGUGUCUGGUCAUUAAAUGAGAGGAAAAAGGAGAGAGCAUCUAUAGCAUCCCUUACAAUGCAGGACGAGCCGAUGUCCGUAUCGGCAAAGUCUUCUGAAAUCAAUUCUCAAAUAACAGUCUUAGCAGUAAAUAGAUCGGGUCAGGCGAAUUUAUUCACAUACCAGCCGAAUGGUCAGUGCACAAAACCCUUGAAGCCAGUGAUGACAGUUGUCAUCGCUGCUGAUUCAAACCAGAAGGAGUCUGUCCAGCAGGUGUCUAUCCAGUCAGCCGAGCUAACAGCUGAUGGAAAAAUGUUUUUAGCCUAUGGAUCACUGAUUAAUUUGACAUUCGAAAAAAUUUUGCCGGAUUUAUCGUGUAAAAUAAUGGGUCUCGUGAGGUCUGACUGUAGAAAACUCAAGGAAAAAAAAGAGGAAGCCCUGACAAAGGUUAAAAUGGUGGAAACUAGUGACAAUAAUAUUGAGUAUUUGGCACCAGGUGCUGCAGCUAGUGCUCCACCAAAGAGAACGAGAGCUGGUGGUUCACAGUUGCCUCUGAAAGACAGACUGGAAAAUCUCAGUCUGAAUUCAGAUGUCAAUACGUCUGGAAAAACACCAUCGAAAGGUGCUAACAUGGCGCAACUGCUGCUGCAGGGUCUUAACAGCAAAGACAGGAAUAUAUUGAUGAAUGUUUUGUAUAAUCGGGACGAGACGAUAAUCAAAAAUACAAUAACCAAAUUGCCUGUGCAGGCAAUAUCGCCGCUCGUCAAGGAGUUGACUAAUAUGCUCCAGGGGAAGACUUAUCCCAGUAAAAUAGCUGUUGUGUGGCUGAAAAAUUUAUUGAUCACUCAUGCUGCUCAUUUACUCUCCCAUCCUGAUAUUGGCAAUGUUCUCAGUCCAAUAUUGGGGCUCAUCGAUGCUAAACUCGCUAUUUUUACGGAAUUAUCAAGGCUCCGGGGGCGUGUUGCUCUCAUCACUGGACAGAUAUCACAUCUCAAUGAUCAAGAGAGCAAGGAUAUCGCUGAGGAGGGUAGUCUCCUGGUUUAUCAGGAUUCUGAUUCAUCGGAUGACGACACUGAUGUUGGUGAAAUGGAGGGUGAGAGCGAGUCAGACGACAACUGGGCGGAGACAUCUGAGCAAGAGGAAGAGCAAGAAGAUAUGGAGAAUGGAAAAUCUGAUGAUAAUAAUUCGAUAUGCAGUUGAAAGAAAUAAAGAUCAAUUUGAGAAUUUGAAAGAAUUUCAACGUGAACUUUGUCAAUCGUCAAUAUUCAAACUCAUCCUUGUGAUUUAUUUUAUCAACCUGUUAUCUUUCAUUCUCCUAUAGGCAAAUCAUGUCUGAUCAACGUAUGACUGAUGUACUCGUACAUCUUCGACAAACUCAAUUUUUUUACUGUAAAAAAUAUAAUACCGCGUGAUUAGAUGAUGUUCAACGAAAAUGUAAAGAUAAUGUAUAUUUGUUUUACUGCAUAUUGCAUUCUUUCUGUAAAAUUUAUGAGAAAUAAAUAACUAGCAAUAAAA